GGAAGUGAGUAUGAGGCGAGGAUGACUCUUAAACUUCCUUAGUAUGAGGUGUGAGGUGAGAGGGAGAGGUCCAUUAUUGCUACCACUAUUACUACUACCAUCAUCAUGUCCCUCACUAUUCUGCUGACCUUCCUCACUUUGCUCACCGUGACAUCCGUGAUGGGGCGCUGGUGGGGAGGUGGUCAAGACGGUUUAGAGUACGAGGGAAGACCUGAAGGGAGAGGGUACAUAGAUGAGGGAAAUGCACACGGGGACAGUGGCGUGAGGGACAUCAGCGGGAGGACCUUGAUAAUUGAAGUGGCGAGGCAAGUAUUAAGGUUACUACACCAGCACCGCCAGCAGGAGAACAGACUAGGGAGGGAAGCAGAGGCAGCCAUGACCUCCGCUAUCGCCAGGGACUCCGUCAGGCUAAUCGUCAUGGGAUUCAUGGGGUAUCACCAGGAGGAGCAGUGUCUAGAACGAGUGGCGUGCGAGGCAGGGAACGUCCUCACCAGAUUCUACCCCAGUGCCUCCCUCUUCCUUUCCGCCCUGGACCUCGUGGCGCCACCUAACAUGAGGGACGUAGUGAGGCUGGCCAAGGACGCCUCUCUUGGCCUCUCCUGCGUCGUCUACAGGUGUGGUGAAGCUUACUAUCCAAAUGAUAACGAGGUGAUUACAUGAUUAUCUGGAACUACUACUACUACUAAUGCUGCUGUUGGCACUUAGCUUUUGUCAUAAUCAAAGUUCGGAUGUCUUUUUUUUUUUUUUACUUAAUUUCGUUUUUACUUAAUUAUUUUUUUUUUGAUUAAACAAAAAUUACUAAACGAUUGCAACUAAAUAACAAUUACAAUUUUUACUGACCAGUUAUUUUUAUGGGUGUGUGUAUUGAUAGCUAAGGUUGUAUUAAAGUUAUCUGUGUUUG